CAGUGACUUAGGCAGCUGGUUCUCUUCUGUUUACAGUCUGUUAAUGGAUUUUUAUUUUCAGUACAAUUUGGUGCAGCACUGAAGAUUGAUGAAAACUGAAGGUGAAGAUGUUUCUGCUCCUAGUGACUGUCCUAUUUGUGUCUAAGCCUGCUUCAAGUGUGGAGUUGAUUGAGGUCCGUGAAGGAGUGGAAUUUGUUCUGUUGCCCUGUUCAUUCUCAUCUCCUGAUUUGAAGAAUUCUAUUGUUGUGUGGAGCCGCAAUGAUCUCAAUCCCCCGACAAUUCACCUGCGUCGUAAGGAAGGUGAUGACUUUACUACCCAAAACCAACGUUACAUAAGUCGAACAUCCAUGGAGAAUGGUGCUCUGGAAAUUGGAGACCUGAGCCUGACUCUGAGAAAACCUGAACUCACCGACAGAAGCACCUACACCUGCACUGUCCGCAGGUUUGGAGAACAGCAGGGCCAGUCAGAAGUUAAACUGGAGGUCCUGAGGAACGAAGGAGUUCCCACCUGGGUCACAAUUUUCUUAGUUCUCCUGACUCUUGUCAUUGCUGCCAUUGUGGGUGCUGUUAUUCAUUUCAGGAAGCUUUUACAGAAAGUUCCACAUGUGAAAGUAAACUCAGAGGUGGAGUCUGUCCUGCUGUCUUUUAUCACUAUUACCCAACUUCCUGAAGAUGCCAGAGUGGAGUGGACGGACAGUCAGGACAGGAAGGUCCAUGUGUACGAGAACGGGCUUGACCGGCCUGAAGAGCAGCACUGGUACUACACAGACCGAACACAGAUGAAGAAAAGGCUGCAAAAGGUUGCGUUCCUCUGUCUGACGCUGAAAUACCCGACGAACAGAGACAGUAAAACCUUCACCUGCACUGUCUACAGCCAGACCAAAGCUGUCCUGAUGAAGAAACAAGUGGAGCUCCUCGUCAGAGUCCCCAAGGUCAAGGUGAACUCAGGGGCAGACUUCGUUCUGCUGCCCUGCAAAACCAAAGUCAAUCUCUCAAAAGACAAUAUAGUAGAGUGGAGCUGUAAUGAUAUCUGGAUCCUGAAGGUCCAUAUGUACCAGAACGGUUCUGAUUGUCCAGAAGAACAGAGUCCGUUUUACAGAAACAGAACCAAGCUGAAUGAAGACCUGUUGGAAACUGGAGACCUUAGUCUGACACUGAAACACCCCACAGACAGAGACAGACAAAUUUAUACCUGCACGGUCUACAGCAGAGAUGGAAAAAUCCUGAUGAAGAAACAAAUAAAGCUUUACGUUGAAGACUGUGAGGUGGAGGUGGAUGAGGGGGCAAAGUCAGUCCUGCUGCCCUUUAGAACCACAGGGGAUCUGUCAGACGCUAAGGUGAAGUGGUGGCGUUUUGAGCCUGAACCACCAAUGACGGUGCACAAACAUGAAAAUGGCUGUGAUCAACCUGAAGAUCAGCACCAACUUCACAGAGACCGAACAGAGAUGAGUUCAGAAACUGGGGACCUGAGUCUGAUCUUGAAAUACCCGACGGACAGAGACAGUGGGAGAUAUAUCUGUAGGGCCAACAACAAGAAGAACAAGAGGAAGACAACGGUACUGCUCAGAGUCGUCAACCGACAGGUGGAGGUGGAGGAGGGGGUGGAGUCUGUCCUGCUGCCUUUCAAAACCACGCCUGAUCUGCCCGAAGAUGCUAAAGUGGAGUGGUGGCAGCUCGAGCCACAACAUAUGAAGAUCCAUGUGUAUCAUAAUGGCUCUGAAAAAUCUGAAGAACAGAACCAGUUGUACAGAAACAGAACAAGGAUGAAUGAGGACCUGCUGAAAACUGGAGACCUCAGUCUGACUCUGAAGCAGCCCACAAAUGGAGACUGUGGGAAGUACAGAUGUGAGGUCUACAGUGAGAUGAAGAACAGCCGGAGGGAGAAAACGGUGAUGGUCAAAGUUAUAAAGAGAAUCCAGAGUCAAAAUGUGAAGAGAGGAAACUCCACUGACCCCACUCCUCUGCUGGCUGAUCAAUGAGUUUGAUUGGUUUAAUUGGUUUGGCUUGGCUCCAUGUAUGGCUAACAAGAUAAGUUUUUACUUUAAGUUGGUGAUUUUUGUUAUAUUUAGUUUUUUUUUUUUACCUGAUCUCCACAUUAUAAAUGUCUGAAACACAGAACUGAAGUAAUGAUAAAACGGUAUAUGUCAUUUGUUACCAAAUACAGUUCAGGCUACUAGGCUUACAAUAUGGCUUGUGGCUGUAAUAUUUUAUGUAAUCUACUCAUAUGGGAAGUUAUGAAUUAUACACAAAUGUUUUAUUUGUGUAUUCUGUUUUGUAGAACCACAAAUACCUUUACCUGGUACCUGAAUCUGCGUAUUAAAGAAACAGUAAAAUAUCAUGUGGCCUGAUUAUUGACUUGGAGGUCAUAUAGGCAUUUAACCAUUAUACACUCUACAAUCACCACUAUAGUAAACUUAUCAUUAGUCUUAGAAAUCACCUUUACAGUUAAUGCAUUCAGUUAUGUCUAGAACCUUGUUUAUCAAACACUGAAUGAGCAUCCAUUUAUUUUUCUGGAAAAUGUUCUGGAAUGCAUAAAUUACCUUGGAUGCCCUGAAAAGGAGAAAUAAAUAUCUGCACUUGUCAGAGACUCUUUACUGGGAUUUUUCGAUGUCAGUAAGAAAUAUAAGAAGUUACAAUUGGGUAACAAGACAGAAUAGCAAUCUAAAAAUCAGAAUCAGCCUUAUUGCCAAGUUUGUACAGACA